CGAUGACGGUUGGAUACAUUCAAUGAAUUUAAAGGGUCUCUCUCACGUAAAAAUCUCUCAUUGUCUCCGUAUAAAAUGCUCGUCCUCCGAGCUCAGAACAUCAGAAGCCAUUCCACUGUCACUGCAGCAAUACAAGAUGACACGUGGCGCUCGGAGAAGGCUUCUCCUUCUUUCUUUAUUCUGUUUCAAUGUUCUCGUUCUUGCUAGAGAUAUUGCAAAGGUGGCGGAGAAGGACGGCGUUGCUGGUGAUGAGAAGUUUUUUGGCUUUGGUAAAGGAGGCUGGUUUGGUGGCGGUUUCGGUGGUGGGCUUGGUGGGGGCCAUGGUCUAGGUGGUAAUGAAGGAAUUGGGCGUGGGUUCGUAAAGGGUGGUGGCAUUGGCGGAGGGUUUGGAAAAGGUGGUGGGAUUGGUAAGGGUGGUGGUGUCGGAGGAGGAAUCCGCAAAGGCGGUGGACUUGGAGGAGGUCAUGAAAUUGGUGGUGGACAUGGUAAGGGUGGUGGAAUCGGUAAGGGCGGUGGAAUUGGUAAGGGUGGUGGGCUGGGUGGUGGUGGUGGAUUUGGCAAAGGUGGUGGAGUCGGUGGUGGAAUUGGUAAGGGUGGGGGGGUCGGUGGUGGUGGAUUUGGCAAGGGUGGUGGGGUCGGUGGUGGAAUUGGUAACGGUGGUGGGUUAGGUGGUGGUGGUGAAUUUGGCAAGGGUGGUGGAGUCGGUGGUGGUGGAAUUGGUAAGGGUGGUGGGUUAGGUGGUGGUGGUGGAUUUGGCAAGGGUGGUGGAUUCGGUGGUGGAAUUGGUAAGGGUGGUGGUGGUGGGGGUUUAGGGGGUGGCGGCGGCGGCGGCGGCGGCGGAGGCGGUGGCGGUGGCGGUGGAUUUGGUAGUGGUGGUGGAUUUGGAGAGGGAGGUGGAAUUGGUGGCGGAUUUGGUAAAGGCGGUGGUAUUGGUGGUGGAUUCGGUAAAGGUGGUGGAUUUGGCGGAGGAUUUGGAGGCGGCUCUGGAGGUGGUUUUGGUGGUGGGUUCGGCAAAGGUGGUGGUUUUGGAAGUGGAGUUGGAGGAGGUUCUGGAGGUGGGUUCGGUGGUGGAUAUGGUGGAGGUGGCGGCGGCGGCAGUGGAGGAGGCAGUGGGUUUGGAGCUGGUGGCGGAUACGGAGAAGGUGGUGGUGGGGGGAUUGGAAAAUCUCCUUGAAGAUAGAGUACAUUGCAUGGCCACUUUUUGUGCUCCCGUGUAUUAAGAACUUGUUUGCUAAUAAGUGUAAUUUCUUGUAAUAGAUUAUUCCGUUGGCAAUGCCAAAUAAAUAGUGUGUUCUAUA